AUGGCUCAUUUUCGGUUUAUGUUGGCAAAAUACUAUCCCGUGCCACAAGUCUACAUGCAGGCGGGAUACCCGAACUCCGUCCAGCGCGCGGCUAUGAUAGCGCAUAUUGCGUUAAGUGUAUAUAUUGAGGACGUCAAGCAGCUCGUCGCAUUUGGUGUCCGUAGGGCGAUAAAAUCCGUUACACCUGCAAUACUGGAAUCCAUGUCACCUUCUGAUCGUCAGCACCAUGAACUCCGACUUACCCGACUGGAUCAAUGGCUCAAGGUUGAUAACCCUCUCUCUCACGAGAAAGGUGUAUACGCCACGAUAACCUCCGCUAUUUGUGAACACAGCCUGGACAUUGCCCAAGGUCUUCCUGCUCCCGAUGAUAAUGACACCACUCAGCGCGAAUUUGCCACGGCUCUGUAUGGGAUGACGAAACCUCAUCAUCCGCACACUCUCGGUGCACCCCUUAUAUCGCGUGGGGGAUCUAUUGCCGUUUUGCAGGCGGCGGUAGAAUUGAUUCACGCCUACGUACCCCCUGCUUUAGAAGGAUUGCAACAUGAACAAUGGUGCAUCGAUGUGUUGCUCAUCGCUGCAAGAGGGUUGCAGAUAUGCUAUGUUCCUUGGUCUCCUCCCAACCCUCAGGGUGCUGGUCGUCGAUCAUCAAAAGUUGUUUGGAAUUAUUGGAAGAAUGUCUCGAAAGCAGAUCGCAGUCCUCGUCCCACUUUGAUUGAUCAAAUUGAACAUGCUUUUGCCCUCGGACCAUCUCAACGUGGCAAGGAGGCUGCGUUUAAUGCGGCUAUGGCAAGCAGUCAAUCUCCCUGGGAUGUUGCCUCCAUCCGCCUCUCCGAACUAGGCCAUUAUUUGAAUCGCCAGGUGCUUCCUACAGAAAUGAAAUUUUCGUAUGCGAACAUCGCGCAGCAAGACACAGGAUACUGCAGUCAGACCUACCGUUGGGUGCUGGCUCACUUUGACUUUGGUAAACCACUACAUCAGCUCGCUCUGAUAUGCGGCAUCGUUAUGUCUAAGGUCGCCCCGAAUGUGUUCUAUACUACUCAAGACGAUCCCCUACAUAUUCCGCCCACGAUGACACCAGACGAGGUUACUUCCUUUAUCGUCGAUGCCCCUUGGAUCACCAAUACCACGCGGAAGGGGGCGAAAGACGGUGGCCCUUUUGUCAUUAUGUUCACAGUCCUGAUUAUCUCACUUUUGGAGCCAGCAAGCCCCCUUUAUCGUCAGUACGUUGCAACGGGCAAACGACAUGGAUUAGGAGGAGCUUGGACGAAGAAACAUUCUGCGAAAGGGAUAACAAGCUUCAAUCUAAUUCGAAUGGGCAUUGCAAACGCGCUCACAUCUAAGCAGGUUAAGGGCUCGUUGUUUCACAUUGAUUGGGAGUUCAAACCCACGCCUGUUCUGCACGAAUAUCAUCAACAACUUACCGAACUGUUCCGCAAUGGUGAACAUGGUGCCUAUGAUGCCGUCUCUCUACUUGUGGGCUGCGAGAUGGCCAAUACUCUUGUGAAGCGCGGAGAACUGAAGCGGCGAUCCGGCGUUCCCAUUCUUACAAAUCCAACAGGAAUUCCGCUAUCUAACCCACUGCUACCCGGCUUGUCUUCGAAUAGAAUCUCACAGCGGAAGCACCAACUGAAGCGAAGCAUGUCACUAGCUGCAUAUGGUGAUGAUCCAUUCGCACUUGAUGAGCCUCGCCCUUCUCAGCGACGUCGCGCAUCUGCUCUUCAUACAACUCGUCAUGAUAUGGACUUCAUGUAA